UGGAUGUAUGGUAUGUGACACGUUCUGGGCGGUGCUUUAUUGGAAAUAUACAUAUAUAAUCUACUCUCUACUGAUUGUUAGACCAACUUAACGCUGUACAUUAACCAAGCAGGCAGGAGAGAAAACUUGUUUUGAAAGUGACGAUGUCGAAUAUUAUACAUGUUCCGUAUCCAGGUGAGACCAGCUGUCAAGGUUUAUGUGGUCUUAAGAUAUAUAAUCCUGACAUACCAUUUGGUCGGAACAUAGGAAGUUUUUAUCCCGGAAAAAUGUUGUUCAUCAACGGAACACCAAAUCCCGACUGCCCAAGAUUUUCCAUCAAUUUAAAAAGCGGAAAAGAGAAUGCUUUCCACUUUGACGUUCGUUUUAAUUUUGAUAAUGAUUCAAACGUCAUUAUACGGAAUGCAAAAAUCGACGGGAAGUUUGGCGAAGCUGAGAAGACCUUGAGUUGCCCAUUCCCGUUUGCCCCUGGGAAGGCUUUUGAACUUGUUCUUCUUGUUGACCAAUCCGGUUACAAGGUUGCUGUUAAUAAUCAGCAUAUUCUGGAGUUCAGUCAUCGAUUCCCAAUGGAAAAUGUUAACUUACUGCGUGUCCGAGGAGAUGUGAAAAUUUCAUUGAUAAGAAUUCAAGGAUGAAACUUUAUUUAUAUGAUGACCAUUUUAUAUCAUCGUUGACUAUAUGUAUACCGUAUUUUUAUUUGUGGUUGUAACAAUCAAAUUGUGCGUUAUAUUUGGGUGAAUAUUGUAAUUUUUUAACAUAAAUGUUUCUAGGGUUAAUAUGAAUUCAUAUCAUAUCAUUAGUUUGAACUUUUUAUGAAUUCAAAAGAAUUACAUUAUAUUGGGCGAGAACAUUUCUGGUUAUCUUUCUCUUUUGUAUAUAUCUAAAUCUAAAAUGUUUGCAUAUCAUUUAUUUGAAAUUUUUACGGAUUCAAAAGAAUAACAUUAUAUUGGGCAAGGACAUUUUUGGUAAUCAUUCUCUUUUUGUAUAAGAUCAUGCUCACAUAACUCGUCAUUCACUUUACCACAAAUAUUUCUAUAAUGUCAUGUAAAUAUAUUUGUAUACUCGUAGUAUCAUUUGAAAUAAAGCCUUUGAAACUUUAAAUAA